UGCGCUUUAAGAGGGGGAGGUGGGGACCUGAGGGCGCCCAGUGCUCUGUGGAGCGAUGAGGUCCUGGCCGGUGGGCUCCUGGCAGCUGCUGGGGCUGCUGCUCCUCCACCUCGCUGCGGCCCCAGCGGCCGAGUCAAUACUUAGGGCUACGAAAAGACCCCGCCACCGCUACACCCCGGACUGGCAGAGUCUGGACUCCAGGCCGCUACCCGACUGGUACGAUGAAGCCAAGUUCGGGGUGUUCGUGCACUGGGGCGUGUUCUCUGUGCCGUCGUGGGGCAGCGAGUGGUUCUGGUGGCACUGGAAGGGGCAGAGGCAGCCGCAGUUCCAGGAAUUCAUGAACGAAAACUACCCGCCCGGCUUCAGCUACCCCGACUUCGGGUCGCAGUUCACGGCCAAGUUCUUCCACCCGGACCAGUGGGCCAAGCUCUUCCAAGCCGCCGGAGCCAAGUAUGUAGUCCUGACAGCAAAGCAUCAUGAAGGCUUCACAAACUGGCCUAGUCCUGUGUCUUGGAACUGGAACUCUAAGGAUCUUGGUGCCCAUCGUGAUUUGGUUGGUGAGUUGGGAACAGCCAUCCGCAAGAGGAACAUACGUUAUGGACUCUAUCACUCACUCUUAGAAUGGUUCCAUCCACUCUACCUACUUGAUAAGAAAAAUAACUGCAAAACACAACAUUUUGUUCGUGCAAAAACAUUGCCAGAGCUAUAUGACCUCGUCAACAGGUACAAACCUGACUUGAUUUGGUCUGAUGGAGAAUGGGAAUGCCCUUACACAUACUGGAACUCCACAGAGUUUCUUGCUUGGCUCUACAAUGACAGCCCAGUCAAAGAUGUGGUAGUAGUAAAUGACCGAUGGGGUCAGAAUUGCUCCUGUCACCAUGGAGGAUACUACAACUGCAAAGACAAAUUCAAGCCAGAGCACUUGCCAGAUCACAAGUGGGAGAUGUGCACCAGCAUAGACCAGUUGUCCUGGGGCUAUCGCCGCAACAUGGUCAUAUCUGAAAUUGCUAGUGAAUCUGAAAUCAUUUCGGAACUGGUUCAGACAGUAAGUCUGGGAGGCAACUAUCUUCUCAAUAUUGGACCUACUAAAGAUGGGCUUAUUGUUCCCAUCUUCCAAGAGAGGCUUCUUGCUGUUGGGAAGUGGCUAAGCAUCAAUGGAGAGGCUAUCUAUGCCUCUAAGCCGUGGAAAGUACAGUUGGAAAAGAACACAACAUCUGUGUGGUAUACCACAAAAGAGUCAGCUGUUUAUGCCAUUUUCCUGCACUGGCCAGAAAGUGGAUUCUUACACCUUGAAUCCCCUAUAGCUACCUCACUUACAAAGAUAACAAUGUUGGGAAUCCAAAAAGAACUUAAGUGGACCACAGAUCCCUCUGAAGGGCUCCUUAUUAAGCUGCCCCAGAUCCCACCAUCUGCUCUCCCAGUUGAAUAUGGUUGGACUAUAAAGCUGGCAGGAGUGCAGUAAUCACUUGAAUUCAUGCAUAAAAGACACUGCCUGCUGUUUGCUGCUUUUAUUUUCCUCUUAUAGCAACAUCAUUGUCAUAAACUACUGCUCUCCACCCAGAGAUGGCUUUUCCAACCCAUUUUAAUGAAGGAACUGAGUACAUUAUACAGAUACCUCAAAUGAAUCAAAGCUAUGAGAUUCCUUGCUAGCAUCUCUCUUUCAUCUGCAGAAUAAGGAAUUAAUCAGUUAAUCUCUGAGUUCAUCCAUUGCUAAAUUUGGAAAUUAUCUACAAUGUAAAUGCCCCUAAAUUCUGUGUUUGAUAAACUAUUUGAUGAUGCAGUGACUUCACAUAAAGAAUAGGCCACGUCACCCUACUUCCUGUUUGGAGGAAGUAAAAAAUAUAUAUACAUUUUUUUUUGACAAGCUCAAUCAUAAAUUUAUUUAGCAUCAGUUGUUACCAACAUGCCCUCAAGUUACCCCAGGGAUGUGAAGAACUAGAGGUGAGGAGUGGGGCUUCCUAGGCUGCUAAUAUUCAGCUCUUCAGAAGUUUCCAAAGCAAAAUAACUCUGAGAUAAAGUAUGUUUAUAGUAAUACUAUAAAGAAAAGGAAUGUGAUCUGCCAUGUUCUUUAAAAUAUCUAAUAAAUUUGUAUGUAAAAUAA